CAGUGAUGUUUCUACCGGAGGGGGGAAGAGCGAGUUUGCCUCAGUUGUAGGGACUAGUGGAGUGAGUGAACGAGAUCCAGAAACAGACAGCCAGAGCUGUGAUCUCUGAGAGGCGAUGAUGGCGGCGGCUGUAGAGAGAGGAGGGGUACGUGCCGCCUUCUUGAAUCCAGGCAGCGGAGGUGGUGGUGGCGGACCUGUCCCAAUGCUUGUCCCCGCCGCUCCCGGAGCCCCAAGCGGGGCUGCUGGUUCGGGUUCAGCCUCGGCAGGUUCGGGUCCCAUGCCUGUGCCUAUGAACCUUUUCGCAACAUGGGAAAUAGACCGUUCGUCUCCAAGCUGUGUUCCAAGGCUGUGCAGUCUGACUCUGAAGAAGCUGAUCGUGCUGAAGGAGCUGGACAAAGAGCUCAACUCAGUGGUCAUCGCCGUCAAAAUACAGGGCUCCAAGCGAAUCCUGCGCUCCAAUGAGUACAUGCUCCCCCCCAGCGGCCUCAUGGAGACUGACUUGGAGCUCACCUUCUCAUUACAGUACCCCCACUUCCUGAAGCGGGAUGCCAACAGGCUGCAGAUCAUGCUACAGCGCCGGAAACGCUACAAGAACCGCACCAUCCUCGGAUACAAGACACUCGCUGUGGGCUGGAUUAACAUGGCUGAGGUGAUGCAGCACCCGACAGACGGGGCUCAGAUCCUGGGUCUGCACCACAGCAAUGGGAAGGAGGACAAGGUGCGAGCCGCAGAGCUGAGCGUCUACUCGCUAUCCAGCCAGCCCAUAGACCAGGAGUACAACCCGGGACAACAGGGCGCCAAGGCCAAAGCCUCAGACCGCUCCCCUGACAUGGACAACUACUCAGAGGACGAUGACGACAGCUACUCCUCAGAACAGGAGGCCAGCGACGACGCUGUACAAGGCCAGGACAUGUACGAUGAAGACGACGACGUGCAGAGAAAGCCCAAGAAGUCGCGGAGGAAAAUGAUCAGAACCACCUCCAUGACCAGGCAACCCAAUUUCAAGCAGAAGUUUGUCGCUCUCCUCAAGAGGUUUAAAGUCACCGACGAGGUUCUGGACUCCGACCCGGUGGACCAGACGCAGGAGGCUGAGGAGGAGGAUCUGGACCUGCUGUACGACAGCCUGGAGGUCUACAACCAGAGCGACAGCGGGCCCGAGAUGGAGGACAACGAGAGCGUGCUGAGCACGCCCAAACCCAAACUCAGGCCCUUCUUUGAGGGUAUGUCCCACUCCAGCUCUCAGACGGAGAUCGGCAGCCUGCACAGCCAGAAGAGCCAACCACGAGACUCCGUCAUGGGAGACUUGUUGACGGUGGAGAAGAGCAAAUCCUCAGUUGGCCGCUUCGCAGACGAGAGCAUCAUCAUGGAACCAACACCUGGGGACGUGGUAGAGGAGGAGGUGAUGGUGGCAGUGCCGGGCGUUGGCGUUGGCGUGGCAGCGGCGUCAUCGUCGGCCUCGGUGAUGGCGGGAUCGGACUCAGCCACCAGCUGGGACGUCAGCACGGACAGACUGGCCAGCUCCGUCAGCAAGCUCAGCAAGACCGAGUCACAGACACACAUGUCGCCCAGUAAAACGGACCACAAGAUGACCCGGCGGACCCGCAGCACCUCCAUGAAGGAGCGCCAGAACUCCAAAGCCCAGAGCGACCGCACCAGCAGCAUCGACAGCGAAACGUCACCAGACUCACGACUCACCGUACAGGUUCCCAGGAAGUCCGUAUACGACCAGCUGAACCAGAUCCUGAACUCAGACGAGGCGCUGCCCGACAGCAUCAUCCUCAUCAACACCACCGACUGGCAGGGACAGUAUUUGAAUGAGAUCCUCCAUGAGCAUAGUCAGCCCAUCGUGUCCACCAUCUCCAGUGCGGACGUGCAAGCCGCCUUCACCACCAUUGUCACACGGAUACAGCGCUUUUGUAACUGUAACGCCCAGACCCCUCCCCCGGUGAAGGUGGCUGUGGCGGGGGACCAGAGCUACCUCAGUGCCGUGCUGCGCUGCUUUGUGGAGCAGCUGGCCAACAAGACCCCCGACUGGCUCAACUACAUACGCUUCCUCGUCAUACCUGUGGGCUGUCACCCGGUUGCCAAGUACAUCUCCACGUUUGACAGCAAGUUCAACAACAUCUUCAUGGACGCCGGCUGGAGAGACACUUUCGGCAGACUGGAGGCCCCCACAUCAGAUGCCAUUGAUGUGAAUGGGCGAGUUUGCCAGUACCUGGCGGGGGCCAGUGUGUCCCACCAGUUCCCCAUCUCUGAGGCCAUGCUCACCUACAAACAGAAGAGCCCUGAUGAAGACUCCUGUCAGAAGUUUGUGCCGUUCAUCGGGCUGGUGAAAGUGGGAAUCGUUGAACACAGCCUCUCAACUUCAGUGGAUUCUGAUGACUGCAUGGUUGGGGGUGUCUCCAUGCUCUCCUCCCCGCCCCCCCAGCCAGGGGCCCAGUAUGCCAAAGACCUGACCUGCACGCCUCCCUCAUCCCCAUCAGUCUCCAACGCACUCUCUGGAGCAGGUUCUCCAGGCACGGUGGUGGGCGAGGUGAUGGGCCUGCAGGUGGACUACUGGACGCUGGCGGGGGCGGAGAAGCGGCGCGAGGGGGAGAAGCGCGACGCCGGCCUCAAGAACACCCUCAAGAGCAACUUCCGCUCCCUGCAGGUCUCGCGCGUGCCACAAGGGGGCGAGCUGUCGCCGCCACCCGGCAUGGCCAUGACCGUGGUCAUGAAGGAGAAGAACAAGAAAGUCAUCUUCCUGAGUAAGAAGCCCAAGGAGAAGGACGUGGACUCCAAGAGUCAGGUGAUCGACGGCAUCAGCAGACUCAUCUGCACAGCCAAGCACCAGCACACUAUGCUCAGAGUGUCCAUUGAUGGUGUGGAGUGGCACGAUGUGAAGUUUUUCCAGCUUGCUGCCCAGUGGCCCACCCACGUCAAGCACUUCCCCGUCGGGGUGUUCGGCUACACCAAGCCCACAUGAACCACCACCACCCCUUCACACCACGUCAGUGGGAAGAUCUUCAACCCCUGACACCUCUCCGUAUACCCCUUCAGCUAUACCAAGCCAACAUGAACCACCACCCUGUCACACCACAUCAGCGGGAAGAUCAUCAACCCCUAAAACAUCUCCAUCUCCGCACCCCAAGGAUCUCAUCCCAAGACAAUUGGGGACCCCCAUCUGGGUUUUGGGCUACACUCACCAAGCCCAUGUGAACCCCCACAUUUUUCCAUCCCUAAAACCUCUUACCGCCCCAACCCCCAACCCCAGGUCCUCACUUCUUCAACCCCAAUCCCACC